AUGAGCACAGCAGGCAAAGUUAUUAAAUGCAAGGCAGCAGUACUGUGGGAAGCCAAUAAACCAUUUUCUAUCGAAGAAGUGGAAGUUGCCCCACCAAAAACACAUGAAGUUCGCAUUAAGAUCUUGGCCACGGGGAUCUGUCGCUCCGAUGACCACGUGGUAACUGGAGGACUGGUUAUGCCUUUCCCAAUAAUUCUUGGGCAUGAGGCGGCUGGUGUUGUGGAGAGUGUUGGGGAGGGAGUAACUUCGUUAAAGCCAGGAGACAAGGUCAUUCCACUCUUCAUUCCACAGUGUGGGGAAUGCAGCGCUUGCUUAAGCUCCAAGGGUAAUAUGUGCAUUAAAAAUGACAUUGGUUCAGCUGCUGGCUUAAUGGCUGAUGGCACCACUAGGUUUACCUGUAAGGGAAAACCAGUUCACCAUUUUAUUGGUACAAGCACCUUCACUGAAUACACAGUAGUGCAUGAAACUGCUGCAGUCAAAAUCGAUUCUGCUGCUCCUCCACAAAAAAUUUGUCUGAUCGGCUGUGGAUUCUCAACUGGUUAUGGGGCUGCUCUGCAGACUGCAAAGGUGGAAGCAGGCUCUACCUGUGCUGUCUUCGGCCUUGGAGGAGUUGGCCUCUCUGUUAUCAUGGGCUGCAAGGCGGCUGGAGCUUCUCGCAUCAUUGCCAUUGAUAUCAAUAGUGACAAGUUUGCCAAGGCCAAGGAGCUGGGAGCCACCGACUGCAUUAACCCUAAAGAUUACAAGGAGCCCAUUCACAAAGUGCUGAUUGGAAUGACUGGCUAUGGCGUGGACUACUCCUUCGAGGUCAUUGGCCGUAUCGAAACCAUGGUUGCAGCCUUGGCCUCAUGCCACUACAACUAUGGAGUCAGUGUCAUUGUGGGAGUGCCCCCUGCAGCACAGAAUAUCACUUUUGACCCCAUGCUCCUCUUCAGUGGUCGCACCUGGAAAGGGUCUGUCUUUGGAGGCUGGAAGAGUAAAGAUUCAGUCCCCAAGCUGGUUGCUGACUACAUGAAGAAAAAAUUUGUUCUGGACCCAUUAAUAACCCACACCCUUCCUUUCAGUAAAAUCAAUGAAGGAUUUGAUCUGCUAAGGGCAGGGAAGAGUAUUCGCAGUGUCCUGACGUUUUAGGAUUCCCAAAUGAUAAACAGCAGAUGGCUUAGCAGCAGCACAAACUUCAUUAUCCU